CCAUCCCUCCUCAACCACCACCUCAUCCUUCUCUUCUCUUCUCUCCUCUCUCUGUCUACACAAACAGACACCAGCACAAGGGUUUGCAAGAGGCCACCCAUCAUUAGUUGACUGCACAUAUCCCAUUCCCAAGCUAGCUAGCCAGACAAAACAAGAGAGAUAGCUUGCUAGCAUGUUCAUGGCGCAUGAGGAGGCCGGCCUGGCCCUGGGCCUCUCCCUCGGCUCCGGCGCCGGGCACCACCACCACCUGCUUCAGCCGAAAGAAGCGGCGCCUCCGGAGCCGUGCCUGUCCCUGAGCCUGGCCGGUGCCGGCACGGUGAAGAGGGAGGAGGAGGAGAGGGCCCUCAUCUACUGCUCGGCGGCGUCGUCGGCCGCGGACGACCUGGUCGAGGGGUACAACAGCAGCGGUGGCGGCAGCCGGAAGAAGCUGAGGCUGACCAAGGACCAGACGGCGCUCCUGGAGGAUCACUUCAAGGAGCAGAGCACCCUCAGCCAUAAGCAGAAGGCAUCUUUAGCAAGGCAGCUCAGCCUCAGGCCAAGGCAGGUUGAGGUGUGGUUCCAAAACAGAAGAGCCAGGACGAAGCUGAAGCAAACGGAGGUGGACUGUGAGCUGCUGAAGCGCUGCUGCGAGACGCUCACGGAGGAGAACCGCCGCCUCCACCGUGAGCUCCAGCACCUCCGCGCCCUGCACCACCACCAACACCACCACCCAGCCGCCGCUUUCUUCAUUCCGUCCGCCGCCACGGUGGCCUCCGUUUGCCCUUCCUGCAGCGGUGCACCGCCUGCCCACGCCGCCGACCGCCCCGCCACGAAACGCACCUUCUUCGCCACCAAAUCCGCAGCCUGCUAGCCAUAACUCCAUGCAUAUAAAAAACAUACACCCAUGAUUUGAGUUAAUCUUCAUUAGCUCAUCACCACAUCGAUUAACUACUGUAUAUAGAUAUUCAUUUCACCCCACCCCCUUCAGUUGGUUAGCUUCGUUUUUUCGCAAGUUAAUCAAAGGAGGAUGGAUGGAGUAGCGUGCAUUUUUUACAUUUCUUUAGAAAAUGGAAGCCCUUUUAUCCCGGGCCUCUCCACCCAAGAUGCAUACACAUGCAUUUAGGAUUAAUUAAUUAUGGUGUACAAGUUGUUGGUGUGUAGAUAGCAACCUAGGAUUGGUUAUUUCUGAAUCACUGGUGAAUUUUAUUACCAGGAGAUCAUCAUCGAGUGUGAUGUCGAUGACGUGACACGGUGUCACAUGAUACAUACAUCCUGGUUUGUUCGGAUGUAUAAUAGAUGUUUGUAUUCUUUUUCAUCAUGUGGUGUAAUAUUAAUUUGUUUCCAACAACAUACAUGUAUGUAUUGACUUAUUUAUGAAAUUAUAAACACACAUGCUCAAGAUUUGAGUUACA